AUGGCUGUUCAAAUUAUUCCACCACUUAUAUCGGCCAUCGGUAAAAUCGGCGCUGUUUUGGUCGCCUCCGGGUUAGGGAAGUUUGUUGCGGACGCUUGGAGUAAAAAGUCGACCAAAUCAACUCAAACGGAAUACACAAGAGAAGAGAUCGAAGCAUUGAAAAGGGAAAACGAAGAACUUCGGACUGAGCUCCAAACACAGAAGUGGCGUGCGUUUUUUAAAUCGUUGAAAGGGAAACCUGAUGCAGAAGUGAUAGGGCAAAUGGUCAGGGAACAGACAGACGGACUUCGAAAAGAACUGUAUGAGUAUAAAAGUUUCACAAGCCAACGCAUCGACUCUUUGGUCCAACAAAUUAACACACAGACAACGCAUUAUAAGACCAAAGGAAGUAACACGCUCUUUUGGAUGUCCAUUGUGGCAAUUGUUGUCUGUCUUAUUAUGACAACAAUUGCCGUCGUCACACUUUUCAAAAUGAAUGUGAAGUAG